GUGAUUCUCGCUGUACCUGCUGCGCCUACCGACCGCUCUCUCGUUUCUCCGCAGGCGCACAGCGGCACUACUCUCAUUCUCACUGCAGACUUUCCGUUCAGUUGCAGCCAACUGUUCGCCACUGUCGCCGCCAAACAAAAUUUUUUUGGUUUAAAAUAGGCUUUCAAGCGGCUCAACAAUUCGCUACAUUGUAGCAAGCAGGCAGCGAGAUAAGAAGAUACAUCGAUUUAUCGAUACAGUGUAACGUUAUUUUAUCUCUCGCUUCAGAACCAGUCUCGAUACAACACCGGAACGACAAAUCUCAAACAUGAAGAAAUGUUCGGCGUGGUCGCUCUUUCUAGUGGUUUCGCUGCUAACUGUGAAAGCUCUGUCCCAGAAUUCAGAUGGCUUUGACCUGUCUGAUGCCUUGGAUGACGUCUCUAUAGCAACAGCAGCCACCCCCAAACCAGUAGAAGGGGCAGGAGCAGAUGAGGAGAUCACCCCCACCAAGGCUCCACCUAAAGCCCCAGCCACUAAGGCCCCGUCACACAAGCCCAAGCCACCCUCUGAGUUUGGCCUGAGUGAUGCUCUGGAUCCCAACAAUGACAUUGGAGGGAAGGACAAGAACAAGGGACAAGCAGAUAAAGGUAUUGGAGGCGGAGGCAGGGGAGACAGAGCCCCCAACAACAGAGGAGGGAACGGGGGUGGAUCUUUCUCAGAUGAUGAUCUGCUUGACGUUGGGAAAGACGACCCCUACAACCCUGACAAAGGCAAAGGUGGACACGGUGGAGGCCAGUCUGCCGCCGACGACAACAACCUUGACACCAUGGCUGAGACCGGAACCAUCGCCGGGAUCGUCAGUGCCAUUGGCUUGGCGCUGGUCGGCGCGGUCACCAGCUACGUCUCCUACCAGAAGAAGAAGCUCUGCUUCAGCAUACAGCAGAGCCUGAAUGCAGACCUGGUGAAGACUGAUAACCCAGACGCUGUGGUGGCCACAGAACCACAAGUUCAACAGACUCUUCUGGAGCCCCCCAACGCUGAGCCUCCUAGUCAGGAUAACACUGUCUAAUAUCCCACCCGCCUGUCCUGCCUUCGCCCCCCAACCUACACACACACCUGCACACACACGAAGAGGGUGUGACAACACACACUUACACGCCCUCGCAGUGGGGAAUAUCCCUCCCCACCUCAUACGCCAACACACGCUCACCACUUUUGAAGGACAGUUCCAUCCCUGUUAUACCUUAAGAAUUGUAGAUAGAUGGUGAUCAGCAAACUCUGUCUGAAAUGUAGAGUUCCACUGACAGCCAUGUUGACGCCACCAAGUUCCAUGUCAUUCUAGAAUCUUAAUGUCAUUCUAGAAUCUUAAUGUCAUUCUAGAAUCUUAAUGUCAUUCUAGAAUCUUAAUGUCAUUCUAGAGUGGGAAUGGUAUUGUCACUAUGGUUCGCCGACCUCUGUAGACCUUCCCCCCGCCACACUGUGUGUACAUAUCAUUUAAUUUAUUUGAACUGUUUUAAACACCACUAAUAUGCCUGUUUACAAGUUGAUUAUGAAGGAAUGGUAGCCUAAUCCUAGAUCAGUUUUUAUUUGACAAUGAUAGUCAGAGGAUUUGCUAUACUUAAGCACAUACAGAUCCUGGACCAGGCUUUCAUCUUGGUAUUUCCUGAAAGAUAGUAUGGUACAUAGUAUAACCCACAUACUUUCCCCCUAACUCUGUUAUCCAAUCAAAAAUCUUAAC